AAAGUUAGUGCAGGUUAAUAAACCCUUACAAGUAAGUUCAUAUAAGAAUACGCAUCGUUGGCAAUUGCAAUACAGUUGUAUAUACGUUGUCAGGAAAUAUAGCAGAAAUGUUUACAAGAAGUUACAUUAAGGUGGAUGGACCUCCUGUUACACUAAAACAUCAAACUUUCCCGGAGGUGAUCAAACAUUAUGCAGAGACAAAACCUGACGAUGAGUCUGUUGUCUUUGUAGCAACUGACGGAACUCGAGAAUGUGUCAAGUGGUUACAGCUGUACCAGAUGUCUCAAAUAAUGGCGAAAGUACUGAUAAAAAUUGGGAUUCAGAAGCACGAGGUUGUUGCUAUCAACGUCCGUUGUUGUCCAGAGUGGUUAUAUGCUACAUUUGGUGCCAUGAUGGCUGGGGCCAUUCCAGUCAGUAUAUCCUUCACGUAUACUGACGGCAGUGAUCUUAUCGCUCUUAUGAAAAAGAUGGAAACUUGUUCGCUGCUUAUUCUUGAUCCUGGUGCAGACGGUAUUAAUUGGAAUAUCCUUCGUACACUUCUUGACGAGUACAAAGCUGACGGUAAAGUAAAAAGCCAAAAAAUGCCAUACCUAAGAUAUGUUCUAGGGGUAAGGUUUGAUGGACACCCAGAAUUAUCUAAUGUCUUAGGCUUACGAGACCUUUUAGAGGAGGACCAUUGUGAUGUAGAACUUCCCGUCGUUAAGCCAACCGAUGUAUGUGGACUCUUCCAGACAUCUGGAAGCACAGGUGUACCAAAACUUGUUACAUAUAUUCAACAAUCAUCUUUAAAGAUGUUUUGUGAAUCCAAUGUUUUCGAACUUUUAAAUCCGAAAUAUAUCCUUUUUAACGACAGACCAUUCAACUGGGGUGGUGGGUAUCCAUGGUCAAUAUUUACGGGUCAAACAAGGGUGACGUUAUCUGGGUAUUGCGAUCCGUCAAAGGACAGACUUUCGCAUGUGAUUGACGUAAUUGUGAAAGAAAGGUGUUCCAUGAUAUUUGCUCUACCACCUUUGAUGCAUGAGCUUAUAAAAAGACAGAGAGAUUUGCCAGAUGACUGGCCGAUUGAAGGUAUACUGACUGCUGGACAGCCUCUUACUAAGCAACUAGCUGACUGUGUUGGAAAGGCUUGCAAAUUCCUUCUGUGUACGUACGCAGGCACUGAAUUUGGAGGUGCGACUGAAGCAAAUAUCACUGAUCCGAAUGAUUUCAUCGAGUAUGGAUGCGGAAAACCUUUUAAUAUUCCUGGACUGGAAAUUAAAAUAGUGGACGAGAACGCCGAAAUAGUACCCGUCAAUCAGAGAGGAGAAAUAUAUAUUCGGUCGGACGACAUGUUUACGGGCUAUUUCAAUGAUCCGGAGAAAACAAAAGCUGUGUUCAACGAAGACGGAUGGUAUAAAACGGACGAUAUCGGGAGGAUGACCGAAGAUGGUGAAUUCUUUGUAGAGGGUCGAAAGUCCAAUAUGAUUAUUUCAGGGGGAUUUAACGUUGCUCCAGAGAUUCUUGAGAAUGUUAUGAAAACUUUCCCAGGUGUAGAUUCCGUCAUUAUCGUACCAGUUCCGGAUGACGUUUACUAUCAAGUGUUGUGUGCUUGUAUUGUUAAAAAAGAAGAUUGCGAAAUAAGCGAAGAAAAUGUCCGAAAGUAUUGCCGCGAGUAUCACGCAGACAAACCGGGACUUUUCACAGUUCUUCCGAAAUACUACAUGUUUUUCGAAUCGUUUCCUGAAACUAGAAGUGGAAAAAUUCAUCGGAAGGAGUUAGAAAAGAUAGCACUUCAACGAUUCGUCAGUGAAUAAGAUCUUACAACACAAUGCUUCGACUUGUUUUCUUCAUUU